GAGGGAGAGGGAGAGGGAGAGGGAGAGGGAGAGAGAGAGAGAGUUCGCAGCCACGUGAAACCCAUCGGCGCGAUGAGGUAGAGUCAAAGACAGAGCGAAUGGUACGAACGCGAAGCUCUUCGUCCAGACACGAGUUACAGGAUCUAGCGGUCGUUUUUGUAUAUAGCGAAAAAUGUUACGCAGAGAUUGUAAAAUUGGUUUCCAUGGCCUAGCCUCAUGUCCCCGUCCGCGGCUGAACUUUAGCGCAGAGUUGUUGAGUAUUACACGCAACACAUACACACAUACACACACAGACGCCCAAACACACACAAGGAAACACGGAUACACGACAUUUUAUUACAUUUACCAAUAUUGUUAGCUUAGUAUUUAUUAACCAUUAGAUGCAUCCACAUUGAGCACUGUUGAGCAAACCGAUAAUCGCGUUGUACGUAGCGUACUCUUCGGGAAUUUGCGAGACACAAGUGCAUUAGAUGCAAAUUGAUAGAUUAGCCGCUUUUCGUAAAGGCAGGUCGGAAUAAAUUCAGCCGGAAGCAUCUGUGUUUGUUAGAUGUUUUGUAUAAAACAAGAGACUUGAGCCAAUAAAAAUAUUCUACAAAACACCAGUUACCGUCUAUUUCCCUUUGUUCCAAAGAUAAUACACGAUUGACUUGAAAAAUUUAACUACUCGGGCGAUAAAAUGCUAAUAUAUAGUUAAACAGCUUCUCAAAAUGUAGAAUUUUAUAAGUUUCGAAAACUUUUGGGAAAUCUAGUUUUAUUUUAGAUUUUUUUAAUCGUCCAGAGACAAUCAUUAACAGUUUUAAUUAAACAUUUAUACAUUUGUAUUCGAUUCUUACUGACUUGUAAAUUUCCAAGCUAUUACCGACUUUAUGAAAAUAUGUUUAUUUAUUCCAACUGACUCACGGCUGCUAUGAUGACCUACUGUUCGUGUUUUCGUUUUCUAUUCCGAAGAAGUAGUGCUUUUGACAAAGUGGCUGGUAUCACAUCUCAUGUUCGUGCCACCAAACUAUGACGUGCCUGUGUAAGCUGACAAAUUAAACAAUCUGCAAUUAUACAAAUAUUCAUAUAUUAAUUCAGCAUUAUGGAAAAUCUAGUGGGAAAUGAACAUUUUGCGACAAAUGGACGUUCUCCGACAAACACUUCUACAAAGUGUUCAUUAAUUAAGGUAGACCUUCCGCUUACUACACUGUCGGAAGUCGCGUCAGUCACUGUUUGUAUAAUGACAGCUCUGCAAAGUGACAUGAAUACCUUUUUCCGCGAGGUGAACAUUGAUAUAGUUCGCUGUCCUUAUUUGACGACAAAGCCCUUCAAUCUUGCUGGAAUAGGAUUAAACGGCAAUCCGUACAUACUAAACGUCGGACAAAUCGAGAGAUUUUUCCCGACUCCCCAGCCUGAUAUGGCAACGUGGAAUAUUCGGGAAAUACUAUCAAACUCUUGCCGUGAUGCGUUUAUCAUCGGAGCUGGUUACGCUGCAACACCGUACAUGCCUUAUAACGGACACCUCAUUAUGAACGCGACGUACCGAGCACCUGCGACUUUUACGAACGCGAGUCGUAUAGUCUUUGCGGAUGCAAAUAAUGAACAAAGAAGGAUAAAGACCAUAGACAAUCCCGACCACAUGAUGUGUUCUUUUAUGGGCAAUUUCUUUGUCAGCGAGGGCAAGGAGGGCAAUGUUCUCAGAGUGCGCGCUAAGAGACGCGAAUCCAACUUGGAUAUCAUAACAAUAAUGCACGACAUUAUUUAUAGACAUUUUCAGAUACCACAAAAUCGUUUUGUUGCCUUAGGUGGCGUUCUUAGAAUGAGGAACGGGCGAGUGGCCCACCAUCUUCUAGCGGAAGAAUAUCCGUCCCAGAUUUCCACAUUUGACGAUCUCAUUAAGCGCUUUCAGUGUCACGAUAUACCCCUCGAAUCUGACCUGAUAGCCGUUGGCUCGUUCGCAAACCUUCCACCGACUUUUACCGAGGAAAACCGUUACGGUGUCUCUAUACCGGAGUCGUUUUAUCAGUUCAAUAGUUUCUCCGAUUACGGGGCAGGCGGGAAUUUUAUUAGCGAUACGACAAACUAUAUGACAGAAUACGAAGGAUACUUCAACGUAGCGAGAAAACUUUAUUCCGUAAUGCGUAGUCAGUGUUUAUAAUUAGCUUCAUAUAUGUAUACUUUUAUAUGUAAACAGAAAUUGGGGUGAUAAUAAUUUUUAAAUAAUUUUGCCAAAGUAUUUAAAGAUUCCGCAUUAUUUGAAUCUUAAUAGAUUCAAAUAUACAUACAUAUAUAUAUUUAUAUUAUAUAUACAUAUAUUAUAUAUACAUAU